UGACCUGGGAUGCAAAUGUGCCGACUGUCACGUGACUGCCUCUCGCCAUCUUGCCCAGUCUGACACAAGCAGCAGUCGCAAGGCCCUCGCACGAAGCAGAAGCCACCACUAGCCAGCCACCAUGUCCGGGAUUAGCAAGAUCCACGCUCGUCAAAUCUUCGACAGCCGCGGGAACCCAACGGUAGAGGUCGACCUGGUCACAAGCAAAGGUCUUUUCCGUGCUGCAGUGCCCAGCGGUGCUUCCACGGGUAUCUAUGAGGCUUUGGAACUCAGGGACAAGGACAAAUCCAAGUACCUGGGAAAGGGUGUGAGCAAGGCUGUCUCUAAUAUCAAUGACAUCAUUGCUCCAGCUGUCAUCCAGAAGAACUUUGAUGUGACAAAACAAAAGGAGGUUGAUAACUUCAUGUUGGAACUGGAUGGCACUGAGAACAAAUCCAAGCUGGGAGCCAAUGCCAUCCUGGGCGUGUCCCUGGCCACAGCCAAGGCCGGCGCAGCCCACAAGGGUGUUCCUCUGUACCGCCACCUGGCAGAUCUGGCUGGAAAUACAGAGGUGAUCCUGCCGGUCCCUGCCUUCAAUGUCAUCAACGGAGGCAGCCACGCCGGCAACAAGCUGGCCAUGCAGGAGUUCAUGAUCCUGCCAACUGGUGCUUCGUCCUUCAGCGAGGCCAUGCGGAUGGGCUGCGAGGUGUACCACAACCUCAAAUCCAUCAUCAAGAAGAAGUACGGACAAGACGCCACCAAUGUUGGAGAUGAGGGAGGAUUUGCUCCCAACAUUCUGGAGAACAAGGAAGCCCUGAACCUACUGAUGGAUGCCAUCAAGGCAGCUGGGUAUGAGGGGAAGAUCAAGAUCGGCAUGGACGUCGCCGCCUCCGAGUUCCACCGUGACAAGAAGUACGACCUGGACUUCAAGAGCCCAGAUGACCCCGAAAGAUACAUCUCGGGUGACCAGCUGGCCCAGCUGUAUCACGAGAUGAUCGCGGCGGCGCCCAUCGUCUCCAUCGAGGACACGUUUGACCAGGAUGACUGGGAGAUGUGGGCCAAGUUCACCGGACAGACCGACAUCCAGAUCGUCGGGGACGACUUGCUGGUGACAAACCCCAAACGUAUCAAGCGUGCUAUUGAUGACAAGGCCUGCAAUGCCCUGCUGCUGAAGGUUAACCAGAUUGGCUCUGUUACUGAGUCCAUUGAAGCUUGUAAGAUGUCCCAGGACAAUGGCUGGGGGGUGAUGGUGAGUCACCGCAGCGGGGAGACAGAGGACACCUUCAUCGCAGACCUGGUGGUCGGACUGUGCACGGGACAGAUCAAGACGGGCGCUCCCUGCCGGUCUGAGAGGCUCUGCAAGUACAACCAGCUACUCAGGAUUGAAGAGGAGCUUGGAGACAAAGCCAAGUUUGCCGGGGUGAACUUCCGCAACCCCCAGAAGUAAAUAUUCUGUCACGGUUUGUCUGCAGUGCUUUACACGUACAAAGCUGUCAGAACUUGUAGGCUGCAUUUGGAGUGUACGGAAAAUCUGAAGGCAGCAGUUGAUUGUUGGGAUGUUCCUUUAGCAAAUAAAGAAAAAAAUGAUGAUACUGGCUGCUCCUUACAACUACACAUAGGUAGUGGAUGGAAACAUCUGUCAUCAUGUGUGUGCAUUUAUAGUUAUCAUGAAGAGCUACAUUUUGUAGAGUGCUGAAUUAGAUGUACAUUAUAAUGUAUGUUUGUGCAAGAUUCAAUUCAGUUUCUGUGUAGUUUUUACGUGUUGUCUGAGACAAUAAAGAAAGAGCGCUAUCUUUACAUCAUCAAGAGAUUGGAAUUCUAGCAUGUUGCACAUGUCAAAGUUAAGGAAAACUACUUCAACUGGUGCUGAGGACCCAUGGCAGCUGGAAUAAACAGUGAUGUGGUUUACA